AGCUGUCUGCCUCUGCCAGUGGACCAAUCCAAGCUGGUUCUCAUCAGACAGAUAUGACAGGGAAGUCCUCCCCAGAUCUGACCAGCUCAACUGGAUCCUCACUGAGUCCUGCUCCUCCCUCCCCCAGCACACGUCUCAGUCCGAGCAGGAGGCUGAGCAGUCCUGAGAAGAUCAUCAACCUACAUGAGCAACUGCAGAAUACUCUGAUGAGCAGCUAUCAGGCUCCAGUGACCAGAGGAAGAGGACAGGAGCCCAGUAAAAGCCUCUCAUUUUCAGCUCCUGCAGACCUGAACCUGGCCUCUCAGACAAACAAGCAGAGCCUCAGUUUCAAUAAACCACAUACCAACUCUCUCCCAGUCUCCGCUGCUGCAAGCCAAGAUAAUCAUACUCCUAUAUUAACAACCAAAUCUGCUGCCACUAAAAAGUCAACACUUUUUAAUGCAGUUGCCUCUCGAUCCGCUAAUGUCACAUUUAGCGCCAAUGUCUUUACUCACCAUCAUUUAAAAGCAGACUUAUCUAAAACAACAUCUUCUCUUUCUAGCUCUAGUUUUGCUGCUAUGGCACCUAACAAAGCCAGAUCCACUUCUAAUAGUGGAGCUAACAUGACAAUAUCUCCAAAACCGACCAAGAAAGUCACUGCUAUCCCUAACGUAUCUGAUGCAAUACAUUCACCUUCAGCUCCUUUAACUCUGAGGACCACUACCUUUGACUCUAAUGUCCUAGCAAGUUCUGACACAAAUCCAAAAACCACUGCCUCAGACAUGACUGCCCCUGGCAAAUCAACUGCCCCCACAUGUAAUAUUUUUAAUGGUGCUGCCCCUGCAUAUGACGGACUUGCAUUAGCUUCAUCCCGGACUCAAUCUGCUCAUCACUCUCCUGAGAGAUCCAACAAGUCUGCCAGAAAGUCUACUGCUGCUCUAGAUAAGACAAAGACAGCAAGACCCAGACCAGAGGCUCCAGCAGAGGUGUGCUCCGUUGAGGUCAUCAAAACGGUGGGCCAGAGCAGCCUCAUGAUUGGCUGGGAGAGGCCGCCACUUGACGAGCUGGGCUGCAGUAACGGCACGUUUGUGUAUGGAUACAGGGUGUUUAUAGACGGGGACUUCCACAAAUCUGUCAUGAGCUCGGCGUGCACCAAGUGUAUUGUGGAGAAUGUUGACCUGAGCGUCCCAGUCCACAUCAGUGUCCAAACGCUGGGAUCUAAUGGUCUGAGUUCAAACAGCGUCCACACCGUGUACAGGACCUCAGUCAGGACAGACCAACACUGACUGACUGCAGCAUCUCACGCAGUGGUUUUAAUCAAUAAUGUGUCUGUGCAAUUACAAGGACUUCUCAGUGAAAACCUUCCUCACUAGGGGCCGAGGUGUGAAUGCAACAUUAGAGUUAAAAAAAAAGAUCUAUUGUUUCAAAGGUACGGUGACGAUCUAUUUUCCAUCUGUCCUGUGUGUCCUCUGCGUGUGUCUGCCCCUUCGGUGCACAGCCAUCUAUAGCUGCAGCCCUCUGAGGGACCGUCCUAACCUCCACCUCAGCUGAGACACAGGCACACUGCUGGGAUAUCCUCUCCACGUGAGGCUCAGGUCAACCAAUGAGAAAAAAAGUCACCUCACAUAGUCAUUGCCUAUGAGCAUGUAGUGACCUGCGACUAGCCACUAAACCUCAAAAAUGAUUAACUGAAGAUGUCAAACAAAACACUAAGAUUCCUGCCUCUCCGCUGAGUUAAUCUGUGUGUAAAUGUAGGUGAAGAUCGGCUCCAUCCUUGAUGGAAGAACUUCCUGUCUCAGAGACCCGUCCGCUGGACUCACCUCAUGAAUGGAUCGGAUGUUGUGUGACUGCCAGGCGAAAGGCCAGAGCAGCUGCCAAUCAAACGAGCCCUGAAAAAACUGCUCAAAGCAAAAGUUUAUAAAGCCAAGCUUAAUCACAUUGUCAAAAGCUGCCUGUGACACCUGCAUUUACUAACACUGGAGGGACAUCUGCAUCUGCUGCACACUUUUACACUGUGUUAAACUCUGACAGGCCGUGUGUCAUUUUGCUUCGUCGCAGACUGCUGCCUCUCUGGACUCUGUGACGUGACCAGCCGGCUGAAGGGACAUUUACUGUAUGAAAAGUCUUUUCU